AUGGAGAAAUUGUACAAAAAAAAUAAUAAUUGUUGAACGGAGAGAAUUUUAAAAUUGAACAAAACAUCAACUAACUAAUCUUUCUUUCGACCUCUUCUACACAAUAUAAGCCGAAAUAAUAUAUUUUUUUGGUGAAAAUUUUUGAAUAUGAAGCACUACAUUGUAUUUUUGUUAAUGUUAGGAGCUAAUGAAUGUUUGGCUACAUGGUGCUACCAGUGUACAGCGGCUACUCCUGGUUGUAAUGAGCCUUUUAAUUGGCGUGGAAUGGGAUAUCUUGGCAAUCCAUGUCCCGAAAGUGAGGAUGUUUGUGUUAAACUUAUUGAAAGGAAAGGAGCACAAGAAGUUAUUACAAGGGAUUGUUUAAGCAAUUUUAGAGCUUUCCGAACCGAUAUUCCUGCUGAUACAUAUGAAGGAUGUCGUCCUGCUGCUAAAGAUUUAAAUCUUGCUCAUUAUGUCAAUAAUAGUAUAAAAGAGAUUGAUGUUAAAAGAAAUUGGUACGAUGAAACCAUAUGGUGCUUCUGUUUUCUGGACCACCGCUGUAACAAUGCAUCGAAUACAUUUGUUUCAAUAGCGUUGCUAAUGUUAUCCGGUGCUACUAUAUUGUUCAACAAAAUAUUGUUCUGAUAUCCCUGAUGUAGUGUUGACUACAAAAUGCAGAGCAAGCACUAGCUGGAUAGUAGGUACUUUUGAACACGAACACUUUUUUGUAUAUAAUGUUUUGCUUUCACCGUUUUUUCUAGCAAUGAUUUUAUGAAACUUUUGACUACUUAAGACAUUGACAUUUAUUGUGGUGGUAGAAAGAGUAAAAAAUAUUGUGUAUUUUAACAUUAUUAAUGGAAAUUUGAUGAUUAUGUCACAAUAAGGCAUCUGUACUAUAGAUUGUGGAUAGAUACACCGUUCUCUAUAAUAUGUCUUAGCUUGUGCGGGCCCCAAGUAUAACUUGACUGUUGUUAAACAUGCUUAAUAAAUGAAAUAAUCCUGAAAGGUUUUUAAAAGGUAUUUCGUUAAACUUUUCAGAAAAUCCGAUUGGUCACAACCAAAAACGCUCUAGACGUUUUUUCGGCAUAAGCUAAAAACUGAGUUCGUUGUGAACAGUCUGUGAUUGCUCGUAGAUUUGCAUUAGUACAUAUUACAUUGAAAUAUGAGACAUCACAUGAUCUGUGAAGUAAACGUCGUUCUGAUAAUUUUGUAUUGUAUUUUAUUGAUACUUUUUUAUAGUAUUAACGAAUUUUAAGUGCAAGUAAAAUAUGUAUAUAAUGUUGAAGAACUCAGACUUUCAGUAAAAGACGGCAAUACACUGCAUCUUGCUCUACAAGAAUUCUCCACGUUCAAUCUCGCAUGUACAUUAAUUGAGGCCUAUAAAAUCAAAGGCAGCUAGCUAAACGCCUUAAAAUGUAGUAAAAUUGAUUAAUUAUGGCGCCAUCUUGUUUAGUUGGACACGCUUUAGUAUUUUCAUGUUAUAACAAAUGCAGCUAAAUCUCUAGCAAAUUCAAUUCAAAAAUGUUAUUUUUACUCUACUGAAAUAUAAACGAAGUUUUAUCAUUUAAAAUUCAGAUUAUUAGUAAUAUUCUCAUUCUUUAUAAAUCUGCUUUAAAAUAAAGAAUAUCGUAGCUACCCGAACAAAGUUAUUUCAGUUUCUCAAACCGGGAGUGUUGCUAACACUGGCCCUAGCAAGAGCAGUACUUCGAUGGAUCAGGAGGAUCCGUAAUGACGUGUUUAGGGCCGAUUUUUGUAGUUUACCUGAAUAUUUGACAGAAUUGGAUUUAGCUGCCUUUGAUUUUAUAGGCUUCAAUUGUACUAUUCAUGGAUUGGUCAUUAAGUUUAUUACGUUCCAUUACACGUAAUAAUUUCGUAAAAUUUUGAAUUUGGCCACGAAUAGAAAAAAGGUUAUACAAACUUAAUUUGUAAUUAUCAAUAAUUAUAAGUUAUUUCAAAUAUUUCUGGUAGAUAAUGUAUGUAAAUCGUCGCUUAGCUAACAAUUUCUCCCAUGUUAAAUUUGCUUAGUGUGUAAGAAAAAAAAGAAUGUUUUUUAAGGUUUUUAUUAGAUUUAUGUAAUGCUUCCUUAUAUAGGUUUACAAUACGCUAAAUUAGCUACAUACAGACGCAAAAAAGCAUGAGUGUGAAGCGAUGGCGUUAGCCUAACGUUGUCAUGUUUUGUAUGUACUGUAAUUAUCUUGUACUAGGUAUACUUUUGUAUGAAAUGUUUACCAGCAGAAAAAAAACAAAGUAAAGAUGUAAUGAAAAAAAAAAAUGUAACUAAAUAAAUUUUUAAACAUUUUUUGAUGAGAAUCUUUGAUGUAAAUUGGUGUUGAAAAUCUUGAUGAAAACAUUAUUUGAGUCGUCUAUUAUCAAAGGUGGCAAUCUGUGCAUUUGGACAAAACAUUUUUAUUGAUAUGUCAAUACAGAUUUAUUUGAAUAUAAUCGUCUCCUUCAAAGAAUACGGUUCAAAACCUGCAUUAUAUAAAGGUUAAUAGUUAACCUGUUAUUUAUCUAAGAUGUCGUUCGGAAGAGUUUUGUGACUGCCAAUGGAAUACAAAGUCAAUAAUUCGUUUUUCUGAUUUACCAAUCAUUGUCCAAAAGUCAGAUUGCCGCCUUUGAUAAUAGUCGACUUAUUUAUGGGACAUGGGAUGCAAGCCGCUCGCGGGCCACUUUUUGAUAGCUCUGGUUUGCUGGAAUGAAUUUUUACUGAUGAAUUCUUAGAUUUAUAAAUGCUGUAAUAAUAAAUUGCUAAGCAAUAAUACUAUAGAACACAAAUCCGUCCAGUUUAUUAGAUUUAAUUGUGAUAAUGAUAGAUAAAUAAUAAUUAUAUGACUGUAUUUUUACAAAUAACAAACUAGGAUAAUCGACAACAUUUCGAAACUUUACCUUAAAAGCGUUCUAUGUGAUUUCAGUGAUACUAGGACCUAAAACGUAAGUGAUGUAUACAUGACGUCACUACCAUUCGUUUUUUAGCUUGCAAGAGUUGCAAGUUUUAAUUCAAGUUGAAGAUUUAAAAUGCGACUAAAAAUAAUUUUCAACUCUGGAUAAGUUAGUUAACAUAACAUUUUUAAUUUAUGAAACUUAUCGUUGUUGAAAUGUUAUUUUUUUCUCUAAGUCCGUCCAAAUCUUGUAUCUCUAUUUAAUUUAUAAAAAUAUUUAUUUUAACUUUUAAUUUCUAAUUCAGUGUUUGGAUCCGUUUUAUGUGAAACCUGAAUUUCUAAUUUAGAAAUUUUGACAAUUUUUAAUUAUAUAUUAUAUGCAUGUAGUUUUUACUUAUAUUACAAGUUUGUAAAACUUUUUAUCUUGAAAUAAAUCAUUUUCAAUAUU